AAGAAUAUUUUCCCAAAAUAUUUCUCUUCCUCUCUAUUUCUUUUCUCUCUCUUUACGGUUACAAGCCUCGAGACUCUCCUUCUCAUUCCGAGUAGUCUCCACGCUCCGUAACACUGGUAUCAGAGCCACGAGACCAGGCCAGAUCUGGCGCUGACAAGAAGAAAAGCAGUGCAAAUGGCAUCUUUGGAAGAAGCCCUCAAAGCCCUAAUCGAUCAACAAAAAACCUUCACCAUACAGAUGACAGAGCAAAACAGAAGGAUCGAUGAACAACAACAACUGUUCGGACAGAUGAUGGAGCAGAUGAAGACAUUAGCUAAUGGGGGAUCGCCCACCUCCAUGGGGAACGAUAACGAGUACCAUAGACGAUCAGAGGGAGGAGAGCUCAAACCUCACAUCAAGUCAUUUGUGAGGGCUAUGAAGCCAGAAAAUCUGUCAGGAGCAAUUGAGUAUGCUAGGUGCCAAGAAGAAACUGUACAAGCCAUUAAGGGGCCAGAGAGGAGUACUAAACCAAUGUUCAAUGUCAACAAGGGACUUUUAGCUACUCCUAGUAUUAAACCAGCAAGUGCAAUUCCUGUGGUGAACCAAGGUAUUGGCGAAGGGCAAUCCACCUCUAGGCCACCGCUUUUUAAUGGCACAAACUACUCCUAUUGGAAGGAACGGAUGAGAAUCUAUAUCCAUUCCACCAACUUCCAAUUGUGGUUGGUCAUCAAAAAUGGCGAGCAAAUCCCAAUGAAGAAAGUGGGAGAAACCACCGUCCCAAAAACUGAGGACGAGUUUGAUGUCGAAGACAUCAAGAAGGUUGAAAACUAUGCAAAGGCCAUCAACAUACUAUAUUGUGCGGUCAACCCCGAUGACUACCGAAAGAUCUCCUGUUGCACAACCGCCAAGGAGAUGUGGGACAAGCUUGAAGUGACGUACGAAGGUACCGAUCAAGUGCGUGAAGCCAAGAUCAAUUUUCUCACCCAAGAAUAUGAAAUGUUCCGAAUGAAGGAAGGUGAGAAAAUCGACGACAUGUUUGAUCGGUUCUCAAAGAUUAUAAACGAUCUUCAUGCUCUUAAGAAGACAUAUACCAACAAGGAUCUCGUAAGGAAAAUCCUGCGAAGUCUCACCCCCAAAUGGAGAUCAAAAGCCGAUGCAAUCUAUGAAUCCAUUGGAGUCUCCAACGUCACCAUCGACGGGCUAAGAGGUAAUCUUAAAACCUAUGAAUCUACUAUUCUAACCCCGUCUUUGGAUGAACAAAAGAAAAAGGGGAUAGCUCUCAAAGCCACCAAGAAACCGGUGGAAGAGGUUUCUAGCGAUGACGACAACGAGUUCGGACUCGUCAUCAAGAAGUUUCACAAUUUCAUGAAGAAGGAAUUUGAGCAGAAGGGAAGAAAGCACGACGGUCCUCCCAAGUGCUACGGCUGUGGCGAGGUUGGCCACAUCAAGCCAAGGUGUCCAAAAGCCAAGCACGGCAAGGACAAGCCCGGCUUCAAGAAGCAAAGGGCUUACAUCUCUUGGGGUGGCGAUUCCGGUGACGAAUCAACCGACCAAGAGGAGGACGAAGCUGCAAAUAUUUGCCUCAUGGCGCACGAAGAUCAAAACGACGACGUCCAAGAGGCUAUUUGUGAUGAUCUUGCAGAUUCACUUGAAAGAAUACACAUUGAAGACGAUGAGGAAGACACGCCUUUAUACACCAACCCGCAACCACAACCUGAGGAAACACCUCAAGUGAUGGUCGAAAAUGAGGAUCAAGCGGACAAAGAAGAACAUGAGGAAGCCCAAGAACAAGAGGAAACCAAGUUUCCCGUCGCUUGGAGAACGAACAAGAACCAUCCACUCGACCAGGUAAUCGGCAGCAUCAACCGCGGGGUAAGUACUCACAAGAGCAGGGCUGCCACCUCCGGGAAAUCCAAGUCCAAAUCCCAGGCACCGUCAACAAACUCCGAGGAGCGCCUCUACUACGACGACGGAUCGUACCACUGGUUCGAUUCCGAGGAGGAGCGCACCCGUUUCCUCACCUUCUUCUCCAAAUGGGUUGUGGCUCCCCCACGGAUCGUCCCGGAGCGCUUCUCGGAGUUGCAGGGCUACGACGAUCUAGAUGCGCAGCUUCAUCAAGCCGGCCUAUGGCCGUUCGUCUCCCGGGCUUGGAAGGAGAUCAACCCGGCGCUGAUCCGGGCCUUCUACUCCAACCUCCGGCGUGAGGACGACGUGCUCUACUCUCUUGUCAAGAGCACGCCGAUUGAGCUUUCCGUUGAGCAGCUUGGGCGCAUCGCCGGCCUCCCCUACCAAGGCGACGAUGUCUCCCACUAUGGCGGAGAGGAUUGGGUACUCAACAACGAGGGCCUUAUCCUCAACGAGCUUGGCAUCACCGAGCUCAUCCGCCAUGCCUCAGGUCGCCCCACCAUCCACUCCGCGACCCCCGAGAGCCGGCUCCUUCUCUACAUCGUGUCCCGAAUCAUCAAGGCCCGGAAGCAUGGGCACACGAUCAUGUCCGGUGAGGACCUCAAGCUCAUCCAUGCGAUCAUGCACACGGCCUCGAUCAAUUGGGCAAAGUUUGUCAUGAUCAACAUGUCGGUCGUCGCGUCCACCGACCACGAUCACCUCCUCCCAUACCCGUUUGUGGUGAUGGACAUCCUUGAACGGUUCAAGGUAACCACCACUGUUGGCCCGCUCACAAAGGCCACAAAGCUUUGGACGAUGAGCACCCAAACCUUCACAAAGCGGUCGGACAACGCCGCGCCUGCCACUGUCGCGCCACGCCGCACUGCCACUGCCACUGGGCCAGCCGAACCCCAGGCCCGGGCCAACCUUGCCUCCAUCACCGACUCCCUCAACCGGCUACACUUCAAAGUUGACGGGAUGGAUGGCUACCUUGAGCGGCUCGACGAGGCGGUCCAACACCAAGGGUACGCCAUGAACGCGUACUUCCAACGCGUUAACUACGUCCCCCCACCGUACAAUGGCACGUUCUUUGGGCAAGUGUACGAUUUCGACCCCUCGGUGGAAUCCCCUCUAGUCCCAGUUUGGGUAGGGCUAGAGGGACUGCCAAUCUAUCUAUUUGACAAACCCACCCUUUUCUCCAUUGCUAAAUUAUUUGGCUCUCCACUGCAAACUGAUGCAGCCACUGUGAAUUUGAGUAGGCCUAAUGUGGCUAGAGUCUGUGUGGAGGUUAACCUUUCAAAGGAACUUCCCAAGGCUAUUUGGAUACACUUAGGAACCAGAUACUCUCGCUGGGUUAGGAAAACCAAGCCAAGAGGCAAGGCUGUGGCCCCUCGCCAGCCGAUCUGUUUUCCUAGCAGUGCAGCUGUGCCAACCUCUACUACCCCCAUUACUUUUGGUAGCUUUGAAACUGGUCACCAGUACGUCACAACAAAGGACAUAGGGCCAUGCCCUACAAUGAGCAAGAAUGGUCCUCCACCACGUUUGGACAGUACUGCUUUGGCCCCUAUAACUGAUGCCAACUUGACUUUAAAUGGCCCUCCCCUUACAGGUUUGGACAAUACUCCUUUGUCCCUCCCAACAGAUGCUAAUUUGGAUGCCUCCUACUUGGAAUGUGCUCAACACCAAGAUACCAAAGACAGCCCAUUACUGACUGGUCCAUACACUACGGUCCCUCCCAUUGGAAAUGAUUAUGCUUUAUCUGAUCCAUCUACCCACACCAAAGUUCAUGCUGGAAAAGAUGACGAGGCCGGUAAGGAUGCUCUCUCCGAGGCAGAACCGGUUUCACCCCACACCCAGGAGGGGAAUACUAACAUUUCUUUUGAGCCUAGGUCUUUUUGCAGACGGUUCAAUCUUGAAGGAUUCGUCACCGGUGAGAGAACCUCCACCGGGAAAGAUGGUAUUGAAUGGCUUCAACUAGAUGCCCUUAUUCAAGGAUGGAUUCUUUCAAGAAUUAACGAUGAGGUUUCCGAUCUCAUCAUCUCCUCCACCACAUCUGCAGCAGAUUUAUGGAAAGCUAUACACAACCUAUUUCAUGACAACAAAGCGGCCAGAGCUAUGCAAUUGGAGCACCAAUUUUACAACACUGUCAAAGGCACGUCCACCAUCACAACUUACUGUCAAACCCUUCGGAAUAUUGCCGAUUGGCGGGACGAUGUGGAUGCCUCAGUCACCGAAAACCAACUUGUUCUCCAAACCCUACGUGGUCUCCCGGAUGACCUUGGCAAGCAAGCCUCCUUCCUCCAAUUCCAAAAACCGCCGCCGACGUUCAUGGAAACGAGAUCGGCCCUUCUUCUCUUGGAACAACAAAAUCAGCCUCUCAUCACUGCCGGCGAAGGAGGUUCCGCCCUCGCAGCCACCAUCUCUGGCCCGCAGGGUUUCGGCGGUGGAGCGAGCCGGGUGCAGGGCUUCGGCGGCGGCGGAGGUCAGCAGCUCGGAUACAGCAGCGGCGGCGGAGGUCAGCAGCUCGGCUACAGCAGCGGCGCCGGGCAGUCCCAGGGCAGCGGCGGCGGCCGUGGACAGACGGCUGGUGGUCGCGGAGGUCGCCUGGUGCACGGUCGCGGUCGAGGUCGGAACAACGUCGAAGAAAGCUACGUUGUCCAAGAAAAUGUCGAGGGAUGGGCAAUUGACAACAAGGACAUGGAUGAUUACAUCUGGAGCAGACCGCCAACAGAAUCGAAGAUGGCCUGUUAGAAGAAUAUGAAUAAAUGGCAUCUAUUGGAUGGAUGCAGGGGUUUUCAAGGGUGGAGUUCAAUUAGCAAUGGUAAAGUGUUUAAAAAAGUUUUAGUUAAAAGUCAUAUUUGCCCUUCAACUAAAACCUUAUCUCUCCACCAAACCUUCUGUUAAUUUAUUUGGGGUUGGCCCAAACAUAUUAAUAAUAUUUGACACCCAACCCAGCAGCCCAUUUCUCUUAGCCCAUCUCUUUAUUCCUAACCUAAUUAAGCUUACCUUAAUUAGCUCCUAAAUCUCUACUAUAAAUUGAGGCUUCCCCUUUGUGUUUCUAUACCGUGCAAAACUCCUUUCUCUCUUUGUUGUGGGUAAAAGGCGAACCAGGUUUCAAAAUUGUGAUAAGUAGAAAUGUUGUUUUCAAUGAAAAUAAUUUUCCUUGUUUGUCCUUGCCUAUUCCCAAUGUUGAAAAUGUGGCUCCAAAUGAGGUGGAGCAAUUGCCUGUUAUCAUUCCUACUGAUGUGCAUGUAGAAACUAAUGAACAUGUUGAUUCACACACUAAUGAAGAUGAGACUAUUUCUAAUGAGGUGGAGCAUGAUAGUGUAGAAUCACAUUCUUUGUGACUUUUGCUUUUCUUUUGUUUUUUGAACUCGAUGACCCAAUGGUAGAGUUCGACUCUUCGUGAGUUAUUUUUUGGCAUGCUUUGUGAUGUUGCCUAGUCUUCGUGACUUGAGAGUACUUAGUGAACUCUCCACCACUACGUGUGUUGCCAUUUGUUGAUUACACAUUUAGUGGUUAUUAGGCUAUGAUGAGUCCCGCGGUUCUUUGUCGAACUAUGUGCACUACUUUGGGCCAAAGGUGGAGAUUGUUAAUUUAUUUGGGGUUGGCCCAAACAUAUUAAUAAUAUUUGACACCCAACCCAGCAGCCCAUUUCUCUUAGCCCAUCUCUUUAUUCCUAACCUAAUUAAGCUUACCUUAAUUA